AUGGAGUCCAAACGGGCCAUGGAGCUGGCGGACGCCGUUCCACCCGACGGCGAAGCGCCCGAGGCGUCGCCGGGCGAGGCGAAGCGCCGGCGUUUGGCACCGGAGGAUGUCCAGGUGGAGCUCAGAAAGGCGGGGCUGGUGCAGCCGGCGAUGGCCUUCAUCCAGCAGGUUGAUAAGAGGCGACGGCUCACUGCCCCGCCAGACUGUCCAUUGAAGAUGACCAAGCGCCAGGGGCAGGAGCUGGCUAUUGAUGUCAUGAAGCGUCGACGGAUUGUACCAGAGCAAGUGCCAGUUCUCAAAGUGACCUUGGACUCCCAUGGCAUCUUCUUCGAGGUCCACGAUCAUGGCUUCAUGAUGACAGAGCUUCCCCGCGGCUGGCAGCCCAUUGUGAACUCCUCUGGGCGCUUGGUGCGGGUGGCCAAAGUGGCGUUGGACUUCAAGGGCACCGCCUACUUCUUGUCGGAGCUCGGAGUGCUUCGGAGAGAAGACGUCGGAGCUCGGAGGGUUUGA